AUGGCUCUACUUAUGAGGCUCGCUAAGGCUGGCAGGCUCAUCUGUCUGUCCCGAUCUACGCCGUCGCAGGGCGUUCCUCGGCACGUGGUCGCGUUUUCGUCCUCAUCAGGAGAUGAGCCUGCCCCAGUCGACCCCAAAAUUGGAGCAAAGGAAUCGCGUGCUGCAACUGGCCCCAACAUUGGGGGGGACUAUCCGACUGGUGCUAUCGGUCCAAUUGGUUCUGAUGGGCUACCGACAUAUGUGGAUUGGGUGAAGUUCGGCGCUGUCACACCCCUGCAAAACCAGGGCGAAUGUGGUAGUUGUUUCAGCUUUUCAGCUGCCGCUUCACUGGAGGGUCUCCACUUCAUUCAAACAGGACAGCUAUUCAAACUCUCGGAGCAGCAUAUUUUGGAUGGCAGCCAUCUGCGGAAUCAUGGAUGUGAAGGUGGUUCGGCAUAUGAGGCCCUGCUCUACAUCAAAAGGAAUGGAGGGAUUGUGUUUUCAGAUCACUACCCAUACAUAGGAAAGCAGUGUGUUCCCAAGAAACUGACUGCGCCUGGCUUGAUGAUAGAUGACGCUGUGAACUACACAAGCAUUUCAGAACAUGUUCUGAAGUGGCAGGUGGCUCAUCAGCCUGUCUGUGCAACAAUCGGGGCAGAUGACGAGUUCUAUGCAGAUGUGAAGGCUGGCGUGCUUGUCUUGGAAGGACCCAACUUCCCCCUGUCUGAAAUUUAUGACAGGGAAAUUGCACAUUCAAUUGCUAUUGUUGGUUAUGGAGCAGUCAAUCCUGGUGGCCGACAAGUUUGGCUGGCCAAGUGCUCAAAUGGCAAUUUCCUGUUGAUAGACAGAGGCAGUGGGGCUUUGGGCAUCAAUAGAAGCAUCUCAUUUCCCAUAAGAGUGUCGUGCACGCGAGAGGUCAUCAAUGUUACAGUGAAAUCUGACGAGGAGCUGGGGGCAGAACCGCGUACCAACUUAUACCCUUACUAG